UCAAGGAUAUCGUUGGUGCGAGGGAACUGAUGAGGUCCGUCCGCGAAGGAAUCACGAGAUGUCGGUCACCUCGGCUUUCGGCUGCGGCGCCGCCUUCCUCCGCCACCUCUCCGCCGGGUCCCGGUCCGGUUCGACGCUAAUUCUGCUUCGUGCGGGAGGGGCCAAGCCGCGGCCGUACUCCUCGUCCCUCGCGCGUUGCGCCGCCCCCGAACCCCCUGACGUCUCCCGCCUCGCCGACACCGCUCGCAUCUCCCUCACCCCGGAAGAGGUGGAACAAUUUGCCCCCAAGAUCAGACAAGUCAUCGACUGGUUUGGACAACUUCAGGCUGUUGAUCUGGAAACCAUUGAACCGUCACUUCGAGCUGAUACUGAUGCUAACACAAGCCAAAGAGAAGAUGCUCCAGAAACAUUUGGGAACAGGGAGGCAAUUAUAGCAGCAGUUCCAAGCUACGACAACCCAUAUAUAAAAGUUCCAAAGGUCUUGAAUAAGGAGUAAAGUUUCAUUUCCUUGCCUGCUGUUUCAAACAGUAAACAGGUUGGAUCUUCAAGGUGCUUAUACCUCCACUUGACUGUUAAUGGAGCCUUUGGCUGUUUUGUUUAUUUAGUUCAUCUACCUUGAGAAAUUAUGCAUAUUCCUAUUGGAUCUGGAAAAGAUCAAUUACAAUUACAUCAAUCUAAGAGAACAUAUUAAACAAA